AUGAACUACGUUCGAAUCUAUGAUAAUUAUUUUAUUGGAACAUUUCCCGGUGCCACUGGAAUAUUAUAUAAAGACGAACAUUUGAAUGCAUUUAUUUCAAUACCAAGAGAUAGUGGUGGAAAUUUUGAAUUUGAAUGGAAUUCAAAUGUUGUAUAUCAGUUAGUCUAUGCUGAUGAUUAUAGAAAUCGUUCCUUAUCAUCAUCAUCGUCGUCGAAUAGAUGGGAAUUUCCGUAUUGGCUCAGGGUCGCCGUAGGUAUUUUUGUAAUGUGGAUCGGCUCCAUCAUUCCAUCUCUUUGGUCGAACAUUUACGAAGAAAUUGUUAAAAAAAUUUCAUAUCCAUCCAUCAAUCAUACAGUUAAUAAAUCAUAUUUAAUGGAAAGAAUUAUAGUUUUUUGUUGA